UGGAAAAAAAGCUGUUAGCUGUAUUUCUCGGUUCUUCCAAGCGCCAUCUAAAUUUUUCAGAAUGAUGUUUAGAACUUCAACAAAGUAGAACGGAUUACUGCGACGUGAAAAGAGAUGAUUAUAUUUAUUUUUAAAAAUUUGUUGACUCGCUUUUCUGAUUUGUAGCAAAUUAAUUGAUGGCAGUUGUGUUGAAUGGGCUGUUGAAGUCGACUGCAAGUUCCUUGUUAUCAAGACGGUUGUUUUAUAGCUGGUUAAUCGAGGUGUUUAACACCAAAGAUGUCCAGCGGGUUAAGAAAGUAGGACCAGACAGAGCAGCAUCCGAAUGGAUAUUACGUAAUGGAGGAAAGGUGAAGUUUUCCUCAAGUAUCACAUGGAUAUCUAACUAUGGUGGUUCCGGAGGUGGUUCCAUGGAGUUAGUUGGGAUUGACGCUAAUGGCGUUGCAUUGACUAACUCUGGUUUGCAGCAUUUAGUCGGCUUAAAGUAUUUGCGUUAUCUGAGCUUGCAUGGCUGCAAGCACAUUACCGAUCUUGAACAUCUAACUGAAGUGGCUGACACGUUGGAGUAUUUGGAUAUUGGGAAUUGUACUGGCCUUUCCGACGUUACUCCAGUUGGAAGUCUGCUAAAACUCCAAACAUUGAUCAUGACAGGUACGCUCGGUGGUAUAAAAAGAAAGGAGGUAUUGAAAACGCUUCACCAGAAACUUCCGUCGUGUAACAUUAUUGACGAUACUGCUGGCUGACAACACAACAUGGCUGACACAAACUUUUGAAAGAAUUUAUGUAUUUAACGUCUUAAUGUUUAUCAAUCUUCUAUAGAAUUCUUUUGAUAAUAUAUGCUGGUCGUAAAAA